AUGCUGCCAACACAGGGACGCGUGGAAGUAUCGCGAGAAAACAAAUACCUGAGCACAUUAGCACCGGGAAAAGUUUUCGGAGAAUUAGCCAUAUUAUACAAUUGCAAAAGAACAGCCACGACGAAAGCAGCAACCGAUUGCAAGCUAUGGGCAAUAGAACGACAAUGUUUUCAAACGAUCAUGAUGAGAACGGGUCUCAUCCGUCAAGCAGAAUACACGAAUUUCUUAAAAAGCGUACCAAUAUUCAAAAACUUGCCAGAAGACACUCUUAUAAAAAUAUCAGACGUUUUGGAAGAAGCUUAUUACAACCAGGGUGACUACAUAAUACGUCAGGGUGCGAGGGGUGACACGUUUUUCAUUAUAAGCAAAGGUGAAGUUAAAGUCACGAUAAAACAACCCAACACGUCCGAAGAAAAAUACAUAAGAACUUUGGGAAAAGGAGAUUUCUUCGGUGAAAAAGCUUUGCAAGGUGACGAUUUGAGAACUGCCAACAUAAUAGCAAACGAUCCCGAAGGUGUCACUUGUUUGGUAAUCGAUAGAGAAUCCUUCAAUCAGUUAAUAUCCGGUUUAGAUGAAAUAAGAACGAAAUAUGCCGACGAAGGAAUAGAAAGACGAAAUGUCAAUGAAACGAGGUGGGUGAGGUUAAUUAAUGUGGUCAACGAAGAAUUCCGCGAUCUUAAACUAUCCGAUUUGAGAAUUUUGGCAACACUGGGAGUCGGUGGUUUUGGAAGAGUAGAAUUAGUACAAAUAGCUGGAGAUUGUACGAGAUCGUUUGCAUUGAAACAAAUGAAAAAGAGUCAGAUCGUUGAAACGAGACAACAGCAACACAUAAUGUCGGAAAAGGAUAUAAUGAGCGAAGCAAAUUGCGAUUUUAUUGUUAAAUUAUAUAAAACAUUCAAAGAUAGAAAAUAUUUAUACAUGCUCAUGGAAUCGUGUCUCGGCGGUGAAUUGUGGACCAUACUCAGAGAUAAAGGACAUUUUGACGAUUCCACAACGAGAUUUUACACGGCAUGCGUCGUUUCCGCAUUCGAUUACCUUCACAGCAGAAACAUCAUUUAUAGAGAUUUGAAACCGGAAAAUCUUUUGCUAGACGUACAGGGAUAUGUUAAAUUGGUUGAUUUUGGUUUUGCUAAAAAACUCCAGCACGGUAGAAAGACUUGGACAUUCUGCGGUACACCAGAAUAUGUUGCUCCAGAAGUCAUAUUGAACAGGGGCCACGAUAUAAGCGCCGAUUAUUGGUCGUUGGGAGUUUUAAUGUUUGAAUUAUUAACGGGUACUCCACCAUUCACCGGAUCCGAUCCAAUGAAAACUUACAACAUUAUAUUAAAGGGAAUAGAUGCAAUUGAAUUUCCGAGGAACAUAACGAGAAACGCGACGGUUCUUAUAAAAAAAUUAUGCCGGGAUAAUCCAGUUGAAAGACUCGGGUAUCAAAAAGGUGGAAUAAGCGAAAUACAAAAACACAAGUGGUUCGACGGUUUCAAUUGGGAAGGUUUAACGACGAGAACGUUAACUCCUCCGAUUUUGCCCAAAGUUCAAGAUGCUCUCGAUCAUUCUAAUUUUGACGAAUAUCCUCCGGAUGCGGAUGGACCACCGCCGGAUGACAUCACGGGAUGGGAUCAAAAUUUUUAA